AUGCAUUGCGCUUCAAGAUCAAUGCUGGCAGUCGCCAUCACGCUUGCGACAUGCUGGCGGUCGGCGCGGGGAACCUUGCUCUCGUACAAAAAGAUGCAGUCGCUGAUGGGUCGGGAUUUCUUUAGCAACUUCAAUUUCUAUACGGGUGCCGACCCGACCCACGGCACCGUGGAGUUCAUUGACGAAGCCACAGCCUGGAACGAGAAACUCCUCUCCAGCUCUGGUUCACACGUUCUCAUCCGAAGCGACAACACGACGGUGCUGCCAGAGGGCCAAGGCCGGAAGGCCUUGAGGAUUGAGUCGAAGCAAAGAUACAACGGCGGCCUGUUUGUGAUAGAGAUGGAUCAUGUCCCGACUGGCUGUGGCUCUUGGCCGGCUUUUUGGAUGUUCGGAGAUGAUGCGCAGCAUCAUUGGCCCCGCUGGGGUGAGUUCGACAUUUGGGAGACCAUCCACAUGCAAAACUAUGCAACUACAACUCUGCACACACGGAAGGACUGCGAUCAGCGAGCCGUGAAUGAAGGCAUCGACUUUGAAGGCCAGGGCUGGGCCGUCGGCACUGAAAGCAACAAGGCCAAGAACUGCUUUGUCCAUGCGGAUGCCGAGUACGACAACCAGGGCUGUGGGCAGAAACUCCAGGAUGGAUCUGCUGGUCCGAAGUUCAACAGCCAAGGAGGUGGCAUCUUCGUUGCGGAAUGGGAUCCGGUGGUGAACAAGCGCCUUCGGACUUGGUUCUUCCCGAAGACCAGCAAGGAGUAUAAUGAGCUCACCGUUGAGAGCCGUGACACUCUCGACCCGGAUGUUUUUGGCAUGCCGAACUCCUUCUUCACGCUGAACGAGAAGUGGUGCUCAUCCGGACAUUUCCACAACAUGAGGAUGGUGUUCGAUGUUACGUUCUGCGGUGACUAUGCAGGGGGCACGUUCCAGUCAAGCUGUCCUGGAGUUCAGAUGUCCUGCGAGGAGUAUGUGCGCACGAGGCCAAACGCGUUCAGUGAGACUUUCUGGAGCAUCCGGCGACUGGAUGUCUACCAGAGCGAUGAAGCCACAGCUCUCUGGGCACUUGAACACCCAGGUCCAUCACCUGUGUUUGCAAUUCUGGGGGCCCUGGCAGCGGCAGCUUUGCUUGGGGUUGUCUUGUACUACUACUGCAGCCGCCAGCGCAUGGUUGCAAUCGGGCAAGCCCUCACGGCGCCCGUCAAAGCAGACGGCAAGCUCCAGCUGCCUCUGCAGGCCACGAGAACAGGUGCGGGAGCAUUGGUCACAAGCCCCAGUUCUCGCCGAGAGGUAUUCAUCGCAUCCGAAGAUAGCUCUGGCAGAGCACAUGCAGCAAGGCCGGGGGAAGUGGAGCCAGCACCACCAGGUUUGUCCUUGCGUCGCCUUUGGCUAUUGUUUUGCUGCGCCAGCGAUUCUACUCUUCCUCCCAACCAGGCAGACGGUGGGACGAGACCCAUCGGUUAUGAUGAAGUCCACCCCACAAGCCCAACCAGGACGCCAUCGAGGACGGGUGAGAUCACACCGCUUCCACGCCAGCCGGCUCUCAGAAAGGAUGGACGCGCCGCUUCUGGAAUUCUCGUGCGAGCACCCUCGGGUGCGCUGGUUGACCAGGAUUCGGGCAAGGUGGUCGUUGCAGCCCCGUCCCGAUGA